AUGAGCUCCAGCAGCAUCGUGGCCAUGGAGGAGUGGCCCCCGGAGAGUGGGGGCCGCGUGGGGAAAGAAGCCCCGGUCGCCACCAGCCCCGGCCCCACCAGCCCCGGCCUGACAUCGCUGGGCGCCAUCUUCAUCCUGAUGAAGUCCGCUCUGGGGGCCGGCUUGCUCAACUUCCCCUGGGCCUUCCAGCAGGCCGGAGGGCUGGGCCCCGCCUUCCUGGUAGAGCUGGUGAGCCGGGUCUCUGGGGGCCCGGUCUCCUUGCUCUUCCUGCUCAGCGGGCUGCUGGUCCUGGGCUAUGCGGCUUCCGUGAGCGGACAGCCCAGUUACCAGGCUGCGGUCCAUCGGCUGUGCGGCCCCGGCGUCGGGAAGCUGUGUGAGGCCUGCUUCAUCGUCAACCUGCUCAUGAUCUCGGUGGCCUUUCUCAAGGUGAUCGGGGACCAGCUGGAGAAAUUGCAUGAGUUCCUGCUGCCCACUGUGCCCCCCGCCCCUCGGCCCUGGUAUGCCGACCAGCGCUUCCUCCUGGCUCUGCUCUCCUGCCUGGUUAUCCUGCCCCUGUCGGCCCCCCGGGAGAUUGGCUUCCAGAAGUACACCAGCAUCCUAGGCACCCUGGCCGCCUGCUACCUCAGCCUGGUCAUUGUGCUGCAGUACUACCUCGGGCCUGAGGGCUUGGCUCGGGAGCCCCGUUUUUCACAGAGCCCUUCUUCCUGGAGUUCCGUGUUCAGCGUCUUCCCCACCAUCUGCUUUGGGUUCCAGUGUCACGAAGCCGCCGUGUCCAUCUACUGCAGCCUGUAUGACCAGCGUCUCUCCCGCUGGGCCCUGGUCUCCACGCUGUCCCUGCUGGCCUGCUGCCUCGUCUACUCGCUGACGGGGGCUUACGGCUUCUUGACCUUCGGGGCCAACGUCUCGGCUGACAUCCUGAUGUCCUACCCAGGCGGGGACGUGGUCAUCAUCAUAGCCCGAGUCCUCUUCGCUGUGUCCAUUGUCACAGUCUACCCUAUUGUGCUCUUCCUGGGCAGGUCGGUGCUGCAGGAUGUGUGGAGGCGGAGCUGCAGGGUACCAGCAGACCCCUCCGGUCCCCGGGUGCGGAUGCCCCUGACUGUGGCAUGGGUGGCUGUGACACUCACCUUGGCCCUGCUCCUGCCCGACCUCAGCGAGGUUAUCGGCAUCAUCGGUGGCAUCAGCGCCUUCUUCAUCUUUAUCUUCCCAGGUCUGUGCCUCAUUGGUGCCAUGAAUACUGAGCCCCUGGGAACAAGACUCAAGUGCUGCCUGGAGCUCUGGGGCGUGGUCUCCGUGCUGGUGGGCACCUUCAUCUUUGGCCAGAGCACAGUGGCGGCUGUCCUGGAGCUGUUCUGAGCAGGAGAGACCCCCACGCACCAUGGUCCACCACCCAGCAGACGUCACUGCUGCCAGCAUGCACACGGAGGGAUGCACACCUCGGGCAGCUCCUCUUGGCUUCUGCCAGCGCAAGGGGUUCUCAGUGCCAGGGGAGCCCAGCUCUGGGGUGUUGGGUGCUGGGCCUUGGGAGGGAAGGGAACCUAGCUGUGUCCUUGUCCUCACUGGAUGCUGACCAGUAGAGACUGCUCUUCCUGUGCCCCGAGGCUGGCAGCAUUCAGCCUGGGAGAGGAGGGGAGGGACUGGCCUUCAAGGCCAACUGCAGUGACCGGACUCUGGAUGUGCUGCUUGAGAUCGACAGCCACAUGUCCCCUCUCUGUACCAUCCAGCCACCUGCAUGACAUGGUGUCAGUGUGUCUACAACCUGGGCCACCAAUCCUAGAGCCUUGGCAUCAUCUGGAGAGAAGCCCUACCCGGAAGCAGUCCCCCUGUCCCCAUGCUGGGCAGCUGUGAGCCACUCUGUCCAGGGGUUGGCCUGGGCAGCUCACAUAAAUGGCCUCAUGUAA